GCAGAUAAAGUCUGGCUUUUCACUCCUCGGUCCUUGUGCUAGCAAAUUAUAAAUUUGUCGCGUCACAUGCGGGUUCUUGCUCCAACGCGCCACACGCACAUGCGCGUAUUUCAGACGAAUUGCGCCUAAUUACGUUGUCUAUAAUGACUUUCUCGUAAUGGUCCAAGUCAAAUAAAUGCGAAUCGAUUGUGGUAUCCGCUACUGGAAGGAGAGAGAGAGAGAGAGAGAGAGAGAGAGAGAGAGAGAGAGAGAGAGAGAGAGAAAGCCUAUUCAACCACAGUCCAUGUUUAGAAACAGAUCCAGAGAUUCCCGUUUAAGGGAAUGAAAAGAUUCUUAGUAAUUGGAGGGGGACACCACUUUUCCUGAGCCACAAGUGGAUAUAUGCAGCAGUUAUAUUAUGACCGGAUUAAGUGAAAAGCAUUAAAAUGCGUCUUUGGAGGCGCACAUCGACAUGCCGGGACAAUCCGCAUGGGACGAGUCCUUACGUCUGCAGCACAGGAUAAAAAGCAAGGGAUCUCAUGCCGGAUGAAUGUGACCCAAACAUCACCAAGAGAAGCGACGGAGGAGAAGGAAGGAGAAGAAGAGGAAGAAAAAGGAAAAGUCGCCGGCUGUCAGUCGUCACUCACUGCACAGUUUAGUGAAUGACCACAGGCGCCUAUAAAGAGACUGGGCUCUCUCUGUGCCAUGGUGCAAUAGAUCUCUAACCUGAGACUACCUGAAGAGAGGAACCCUAGCAGCUCCUACAUUACUAUAUUAAACUGCUAACACAUCUGGAGGACACCGAACCAGCGUGACACUCACAAAACAGGGCAGAAGUUCACACGCCUCAGUGGCGAGAGAGGCACGCUCCAGUUGCGCUUCAGUAUGAGCGGCUUGCGCGCGCCAGUCAUUACUGCGCUCGCGCUGCUGAUCGUGAGCGGCGACUACGGCGGACAGAGCGGCUCUGCGUCCGCACGCGCCACCACCAGCUUGCUGCAGCUGCUCGCGGCUAGCGGGAGAGACGAGCUCGAGCAUUACGCGCAAUCCACCGAGCAUCAAGCGCACUCUUCGCUUCCCAUCAAGACGGAAUACUCCAUCGAGUCGAGGGAAGGGAACGAAGUCAACAAAUCCAAUCAGCAUGACCAAACUCUGGACGUCAUUCCUAGAGAUCUGCGGCAGAAAGAGAAGUUCCUGAAACAUUUAACAGGGCCUCUCUAUUUUAGCCCGAAAUGCAGCAAACGCUUUUAUCGAUUAUAUCAUAACACCAGGGACUGCACAAUACCAGCCUAUUAUAGAAGAUGUGCUCGGCUACUCAGAAGGUUAGCAGAGAGUCAGCGGUGUUCAGAGGGAUAGUCGCUAAAGAUUUCAACAGGCUUAAGAAAUAAAAGAGGACCAAGAAUAAAGUGCCUUGGAAAAGAACAAGGGGGAAAAAAACACCUUGAAAACCUUGAAGCAUAAUUUGUCAUCACAUUUUUUUUUAUCAUGCUUCUCCAUAGAGUUUUACAUACAGUACCAUGGAAGUCUUAUUGACUGACAAAUCAAUGUUAUCACUGAACUUUUUGAUAACAUGAAUGGUGCAAGUGAAGAUGCUGUUUUACAAAAAUAAUCCUACUGCCAAAAUCUGUAGACAGUACAGUAUAAUGCAAAUACAUUUACGUUUAUGCAAACAUCGCCGUUGCUGUUCACUGUGUUUUUCAGUAGUUGUGGUCGGUAAUUAAACACAGCUUCUAGUCUGACCACCUUUGCUACACAAAAUCAAUGAUUGAAUUAUGAAUUGUAUUUAUAAGACAAUUGUUGGAGAGUUUAGGGAUGAAGUUUGCUUUUGUAUAAGAAAAAAUUAUAUCAGCAUUCUCCCUGAAUAUGAAUGUUAUAUAUAAUUAUAUACUCUAUUUAUAUAUUCAAGUUAUUGUCAGUUGCUGGUGUAAAAAUUGUACACAUCCCAGCUAGAGUGCAAUAUGUAUAUAUUGUAAAUAUAAAAAAAAUCUAUCUUCAAAUAAAAACUUUGUUAUAUAAUGUUAUGUUGUAAAAUUGCUUAGAUAAAAAUGUGGUUUUCAGGUGCAAGUGUAAGGACUAGAGGGCCAUGCAAAAUAAAUAAAUAAAUAAAUAAAUGAAAGUUC